AUGAAUGAUCGGUUGAACCAAAUCCAACAAAACAUUGAAAUACUAACAAUAGAACCAUUGCGUGUAAAAUGUUAUGGUAUAUUAGAUAAAUGGAAGCAAGAACAGAUAGAAUCAAUCAACGAAUUUCAUCGUUUGAAAUUAAACGAAUUUGACUUGAUUUAUGCACAAGCGGCAAGCGAAUUACAGAAUAUGAAAGAAAAACGAUCAGUUGAAUUGAGAAAAUAUCUACCAACAUUGACAACAAAACAAAAAUCUGUUCAUCCACAUGAAUUAGAAUUACUCGACACAAAAUUAAAUGAAAUUCAACGAGAAAUCGAUACAUUCUCAAAAGAAACGUUAAUCGAUAUCCUCCAUGAUCAAAUAAAAUUGGAUGAUACAAUUAAAAUAACGAAAGAAAAGACAGAAUUUGAGCAGCAGCAUCCGUUAGUAUUUAGUGUGCAUUAUUUGAACAAACUGCAGUUAAUUAAACAAAUUCCAUUGAAGGGAACAGCGUCCAGUAUUGCUUCUUCAGCUGAGCAUAUUUUGAUACAUCAAUUCCAACCACCAAAACUUAUUUUAUAUCAUCGUGAAAAGCUGUUAAAAGACUUUACAAUCGACAUAACGCUUAACGGUACUAUUACUGAUUUAUGCUGGUCAUCAUAUUUAUUUGCAUUUCUUAUUCUUCACUCUAAAGCAUUAUUUUUGCUAAGCCCGGAAACCUUAAAACUGACUAAUGUACACGAAGUCAAAGCGGACGAAGAACAAAAUUUUUGGUCGUUAACAACGAAUGAUACUAACGUCUUUGUUAGUACGAACGACGAUUCUCUGAUCCAACGUUUCUCAUUACCGUCAUGGAAAUUAAUUAAACAAUGGAAUAUAAAAGAUAUAUUAGAUCCAAAAGACAAUGGCAUUUGUUGUAUUAGAAGCAAUCAAUUUACUCUAACUGCUGCAGUCCUUAGUAAAGAUGGCACUUGGCAUUGUGAUACGUUUGAUUUUAAUAUGAAACCAAUGCGCCGUGGCUCCGCUUUGGAUGAAGCAAACGCUACACACGAUUACGAAUCAGAGUUGUUCCCACUUAGCCAGAGAGGUCAAAACAUUGAGUUUAUACCUAAUCUAGAGAAGCUAGAGAGGCUGGAAGGAUGA